CCUCAAAGCCUCUGGUAAAAGUGAGAGAGGCCAAACCAAACUCAUCACCACACUGACUCUUUGUCCCUCUGUAUCGCUCUCUUUAACCUGUAUAAAUACAAGGCCCAGUGCCUUUGCUCCCACAUUGAGUUCCAGACAUCGAUAACCAUCACAUUAUACCAGCCUCUUCUCAAGCAGCAAGAAACAGAGAUAGGGAGAGACGAAGAUAGUGGGUCACCAAGAAGGAAGAGAUGGGGUCGACGUCGAACGGAAACGAGGAGAAGGUGGUGGAGACUGUGAUGGUUGGAAGGUACGUAGAGAUGGAGCAGGAUGGGGAAGAGAAGGCCAUCAAGUCGAGGCUCUCUGGCCUCCUCUGGCACGGCGGCUCGGCCUAUGACGCCUGGUUCAGUUGUGCCUCAAACCAGGUGGCUCAGGUGCUGCUGACUCUGCCUUACUCCUUCUCGCAACUGGGAAUGUUGAGUGGAAUCUUAUUCCAACUAUUCUAUGGUUUGAUGGGGAGCUGGACAGCGUACCUCAUCAGCAUUCUCUAUGUGGAGUACAGAACCAGGAAAGAGAGGGAGAAGGUCGACUUUAGGAACCAUGUCAUUCAGUGGUUUGAGGUCCUGGACGGGCUACUCGGGAAGCAUUGGAGGAAUGUCGGAUUGGCCUUCAACUGCACUUUUCUUCUCUUUGGUUCUGUCAUUCAGCUCAUCGCUUGUGCUAGCAACAUAUAUUACAUCAACGACAAGUUGGAUAAGAGGACUUGGACUUAUAUUUUUGGCGCUUGCUGUGCCACCACAGUCUUCAUCCCCUCCUUCCAUAACUACAGGAUAUGGUCCUUUCUGGGCCUGGUCAUGACUACCUACACCGCCUGGUAUCUCACCAUCGCGUCCCUCCUCCAUGGCCAGGUGGAAGGGGUGAAGCAUUCGGGGCCAACGAAGCUGGUUCUCUACUUUACAGGCGCCACAAACAUCCUCUACACAUUCGGUGGGCACGCUGUCACAGUGGAGAUCAUGCAUGCGAUGUGGAAGCCACAGAAGUUUAAGGCCAUCUACCUGCUUGCCACAUUGUACGUGCUGACGCUCACCCUGCCGUCGGCCGCGAGCGUGUACUGGGCCUUCGGUGACGCGCUGCUCAACCACUCGAACGCCUUCUCACUGCUGCCCAGGACGGCGUUCCGCGACGCGGCGGUGGUGCUAAUGCUCAUCCACCAGUUCAUCACCUUCGGGUUCGCGUGCACGCCGCUGUACUUUGUGUGGGAGAAGGCCAUCGGCCUGCACGACUGCCGCAGCUUGUGCAAGCGGGCGGCGGCGCGCCUGCCGGUGGUGGUCCCCAUAUGGUUCCUGGCCAUCAUCUUCCCCUUCUUCGGGCCAAUCAACUCGGCCGUGGGAUCUCUGCUCGUCAGCUUCACCGUCUACGUCAUCCCCGCGCUCGCUCACAUGUUCACCUUCCGAUCCGCCGUAGCUCGCGAGCACGCAGUGGAGCGGCCGCCGAGGCUCGUCGGGGGGUGGAUCGGCGCUUACAUGAUGAACAUGUUCGUGGUGGCGUGGGUGUUGGUGGUGGGGUUCGGGCUGGGAGGAUGGGCCAGCAUGACCAACUUCAUCCGCCAGAUCAACACGUUCGGCCUCUUCGCCAAGUGCUACCAAUGUCCGCCGCCCAUGCCCACCCUCACCCCAACACCAUUUCCCAGCAACGCUCAAAACGCCACCGAUCCGGCCAUUAUCCCAUCGCCGUCUCCUGCACCUUCCUACUUCGUUCACCAUCACCAUUACCACCACGGCCGGCCGUGAGCCGGUGCUUCCUGCUCGUCAGUUCUUCUGGGAAGCUGUGCUGUGAGCCAUCAAGCCUUACCAAUGCGAAACGAAAACAAAUGUACGAGUAUAUGCGUGGUUUUUUAUUAGUAGCACUUUGUUUAGGCUAAUAUGCUCCGUAGUAGAAAAGAAGCAGGCAGGCAUGCGAGCAAGCAAGAUGGGCAUGUUAAUUUGUGCUAGUACUGUUCCAGUUAAAGCUACUAGCGAUUUCUUUCUUUGUUGAGGAUUGUAACGAGUUUACCAAGAUCUGAUUAAUGUCAGAUGCAGCUAAUUCUAUUGUCA